GGACUUCGCUCAGGCUAUGGACCCCACUCAAGUUAAUUUGCCCGACUGGGUUUAGGAAAAAAAUUGGGGCGCUAAUGCUGCUUAGUACGCACGGUACCCCGAUCAAACUUUUUUUACAAAUCAAACUCAUGUCGUUUUUGUCGUAAAAAAAUGAGUAAAAGCAGUAUCAGCGCCACGGGAUGGUAUUUUUGGAAUGGGGAAUCCCCUUCCUGCCGCUUAGAUUUCUUGCAGCAUUUGUAAUUGUGCGAUGACACAAGCACAGCUGCAGACGUGCAGACUCGGUCUCGGUCACGGACGACGUAAUCAAAUAUAUUGAAAAUGCUAUCUGAAAGAGAAAAGAACGGGGUACGGAAACUCUUAGACAAGAUUCCAGAGGAAGACAUUGUUCAGCUUGCAAAUACUGUAACAAGCAGACUUGUGGUUGUUCAAAACAGGAGAGAAGCUACAAAGGCAAUCGCUAUGUAUAGUGACAGUGCAGAACAACUUCUCCGACGCAAACUGGUGAAGCGAGAUGUUAUCUUCAGUUAUCUUGCCGACCUUCAUGUUCCUGUAUCACCUGGUGCAGACAAACACAAGCUUAUUCAGAAAGUUCUCAUGUGUUGGCAGACUUCUGAUCAUUUGAGUGGCAUAAAGGAUGAAUAUGAAACGGAUGAAAGCCCUAUUUCAUCCCAAGAGCUGUCUGACUCAUCCCAAGAUACGUUUCGUCUUUCACAAGAGACAACAUCCAGAGACUCGUCAUCACACAGUACUCCAACAGAUACGUCAUGGUGUCAGGAUCUAGCUGUACAAUUUUCUUCUUGGUUUUUCACACAACUCAACCAGCUUCACCCCCAGCAUACUAAAGAAAGCAACAAUGAAUGGGGACCAAGUCACUUCCUGGAUGACGCAAACCUGAAACUUUAUGUUCUACGGGGAACCGACCGUCACCUGGACGCAUAUGACGGCUCCGCUUUGGUCUCCCAGAGAUUAGGGUGCUUGGUGAAGGAAGAAGGAUUGGUUUUCAAUCCAAACCUGACCGCAGAGGGUACUCGAGGGUGCAGUGAGCCACAUGGACUUGUUAUGAUUGCAGUGUGUGGCACCAUCCACAAGGCAGGAACGUGUAUAGGACUCUUUGAGCAAAACAUUGGACUUGUCAGAGAUCCCGGAGCUGAUAAUAACUGGAAGAUUAAAUUCAUCAACAUGCAAAUCAAAGAUAGUUCCUCAAGGAGUGUACCAACAUUAGGCAAUUUCUCUGAAUUAAAUGCUAUUUCAAUGUAAACACAGAUAUGGUCAUGGAGAUCAUUGGAUACUGCUGCAUGAUUAUUAAUCAAUUGAAAUUUCACCCCCUCAAAAGUGGUCAACAAAUAGGAAGUUGUGUAUCAUAUAUGGGGAUAUGUGACAUUGAGCAUGUACAUGAUCAGUGAAAAUCACUUUCUGUAAGCCACCCUGAAUGAGGAUUGAAGUACAUUUGUAUUUUGUUUAUACCAUGUAUAGGGGAGAUCCAAUUUUCAUGUUGGAUUUUUGGACCCUACAAACGUGAAUUCUGUCUUCCAUUAAGUUAAAGUGACACUCCCCCCCCCAAAAAAAAAAAAAAUCUAUAAUAAAAAUAAAUAAAUAAAUAAAAUUCAAAUCAGAAAUGCUUUUACAAUGUUGCUCAAAACAGAUGUGUUCAUGCAAAUUUUAAGAUGUCAUGAUUUAGAACAAAAGCUUGAAAUGCUGUGAAACAGGUAUUUUGAAACAUGACACCGACAUUGCACUACUGUUUGGUGGAAGGUUUCAAGUUAAAUGAGUGUGCUGAAGUUUCCUUUGUUUUGUGGUCAAAGUGCAUAGAAUAAAAGUAAGUUAGAAUUUGGCAAUACCUAUUGUUGACUUUGCUGGGGCACUCUUGCAGAAUCUGAGUGAACAAAAGCAUAUAUCCUGAUUCCUAUUUGUCUUCCUGGUCUCAAAACCAUUUUUUUUUUCAACUCGGCUCAUGGAAGUAAAUUGUUUCAUAAAAAGACAGAAAAAAUAAUAUCUUUAGUAUGCAUUGUCUCAUUUAAUUCUCAAAUCUUAGAUUUUGUGCAAAGGGCCUGAUAUACUUGGUAUUUGCUCUUUUAUCAAUGUAUUACUUACAAGAGAUCAGAGUUGGCCUUGGACUAUAUGAACUCUACCGUCCACUGACAAAAGGAAGCAACUACAUGUACCUAGAGUGAGUUUCUUAGUAAAUGAGGAAAAUGUGUCAUUUCUUUAUGUGGAAAUAUACAUGUAUAUAGUGACUUGCUUUUAAAAUGUCUACAUGUAUAUUUCACACAUUGGGGGCUAUGUGACUCCAGUUCCUGUCGCAUCAUGUAGAACAUACAGGAGAUUUCCCAAAUCAAGUAAAGUCAACUUUAUAAACAAAUAAGAGUUGCUCCCUUUUGUCAGUGGAUGGCGAUACUUAUCUCAUUUUUUUAUUCUUAAAAUAUUUGUUUGUGAUGAUUAUUGAUAUAACAAUGACAAAAAUGAACUAGUUAAUAUCAUGCCCUAUUUGUCUUGGAGAAAUAUGUAGGGUUUUGUAUCACAUUCAGCCCUGUAAAUCAUCCUUGCAGAUCUCUGUAUGUAUGAAAAGAGAUAUGUCAUGACUUCACUCAUAAAACUCAUCCAUUCUGUCAUUUUGGGGACACAUUGUCAACCAAUCAAAAGCGCAUAUACUACAACUUUUUACUUUAUUUCCCAAGUUGCAUUCAAACACAACUGAAUCUUAUGAUGGACUAAGUACUUAUUUUCCUUUUUAGUUUUCAGUUCAUUGAGUAUUAUGGCAAGGAAAUUUUUAUGAAUCAAAUUUGUAACUUGAAUGUCGGUGUUAAGAGCUUAUGUAUGAAUGUGGAACCAGAUAAUUUAUAAUUGAUAUUUUUUCUUGUUUAUGUUUCAUCUUAUAUUUUUAUAAAGUCAGCCAAGUCGAUUUUAACUGCAAUAGAUAGUUUGAAAUCACAUAGUAAGAUAUUAUGCUGUAAAUUAUUUUGAUAUUACAUUAUGCUGUGUUGGUUAUUUAAGAUUAUAAAAAAAAUUAACUGUGCUUACAGCAAAUUUAUUUGAUCUGUGCAAACAUGGAGAUAUGCUUUUAAGCUUUUAUAACCUUAUCAACAAAAUACAGAAGAGAGGAUAGUGUUCUUAGUCAUCUGGGUUGUUUUUUCUAAAGCCUUUUUCUUAGUUUGUUCUUUGGGCCCAAUGUUACCAUCAUAAAAUCAUGGAAAGUGGCCCAUGCUUACCAAAUUUGUUUUUAUUACACAGGACUGGGGAAGUUGUGCGAGAUCAAAUACUGGUACUCCCUUCUUUUACAUGUAGGCCUAUAGUGAGCGUAAAUUUCCUAUAACCCGUAGACUAUAAACUUUGCGAAAUUCAGAUAAAUGUUUUCAAGAAUUAUAAUCUACAAAGAGCUUACUGCAACUUCAGUUGAUUAAAAUUUGAUAUGAUUGGCACCCAAGAAUGGGUCAGGAGUUGUUUGAAAGUCAUUUGUAACUUGUGAAUAACUUUACAAAAUUGUCCCCACUAGUUUGUCCCCAGGAGUUGAUAUACAAGCCAUGUUAAUAAGCUGGGUUCUUAAGUGCAUUCCUAGUCUGGAAAGGUGAAGAGCAUGUAACCAGUCACACAAGUUGCAAUACUAGUUUUGACUUUAGAACAUCUCUGAAUUUGUUUGUAUGUAGUUAUGUACGUGGGCUGCACCACAAGUCCUGCUUUGGUGGCUUGAGCUUGAAUAGCUCCAUCAUUAUACCCAGUAGACUCUUCUAGUACUGUAAUAUUGGUUGAGUCAUAUUUUCAAUGUGUAUGAACAGAUGUCAUAGGUGAAGCUACAGUGAUGCAGGCAUUUUCCCAGGAUAUUGAGGAAUGUCAGCCUAGUCAAGAGCAGUUUUUGCAGAAACAAAUUUUGUUCAAAGUAAUGGCAGCAGCUUUAUUUAUUUACAAAUGUUACCAGCAGCAAAGAGAGGGCAUUGUUUUUGCCCAUUUAUUUGUAUGAAAUAAAAGUUUAAAACGUAA